GCAUUAUUGCAAAAUGAAUCUUGAUAAGGUAGAGCAAGACAUUUUCGUAGUUAAACGGAUCAACGAAGUCGGUGAACGGGACUAGUUGUCGACGGCGUAGGUCGACGCCGUGCGCGGUCAGUCGGUUGCGCGCCGGUCGAGUGUGCGGACGGACUUGUCGUCGGUGGUUUAUUUGGUGUACUUGGGCGGGAUUUUAUGCGAGUUGUGGGAUCGAACAGUGUAGCAGGGUGUCCCUUCGUAAGGAACCGCCCUCUCUAGGUGUAAGAAGAUUGUGAGCUGUUGGUCCGAUUGACAAAAUGACGACCGACAUCUCGGUAGUACGCGGGGGUUGGGACCCUACGCUGCAACAAGAGAUUGUCGAUGAGUACGAAUACGACGGAGGAAAUUCGAGCUCGAGACUUUUCGAACGCUCGCGCAUCAAAGCUUUAGCUGGUGAACGAGAAUUAGUACAAAAGAAAACUUUUCAAAAAUGGGUGAACUCUCACCUUGUGCGAUGUUCCUGCCGCAUCGGCGACUUGUACGUCGAUCUUCGAGAUGGUAAAAUGCUGAUAAAACUGUUGGAAAUCUUGUCGGGGGAACGCUUGCCGCGACCAACCAAAGGAAAAAUGCGGAUUCAUUGUUUGGAGAACGUCGACAAGGCAUUGCAAUUUUUACGAGAGCAAAGAGUUCAUCUUGAAAAUAUGGGCUCGCACGACAUAGUCGAUGGUAAUCCGCGGCUUAGUUUGGGCCUGAUUUGGACUAUUAUUUUACGAUUUCAAAUUCAAGACAUUACGAUCGAAGAAACGGACAAUCAGGAAACGAAAUCCGCAAAGGAUGCUUUGCUUCUUUGGUGUCAGAUGAAAACGGCUGGUUAUCACAACGUCAAUGUUAGAAAUUUCACUACUUCUUGGCGCGAUGGUCUAGCCUUUAACGCUAUUAUUCAUAAACACCGUCCAGACUUAAUACAAUUCGAUAAGUUGUCCAAAUCCAAUGCUAUUUAUAAUCUUAACAAUGCAUUUAACGUUGCCGAAGACAAACUCGGUCUUACAAAAUUACUGGAUGCCGAGGACAUCUUCGUCGACCAUCCGGACGAGAAAUCGAUUAUCACUUACGUCGUAACAUACUAUCAUUACUUCUCUAAGAUGAAGCAGGAGACCGUUCAAGGUAAGAGGAUCGGCAAGGUCGUUGGUAUCGCUAUGGAGAACGAUCGUAUGAUACACGAAUACGAAAGUUUGACCAGUGAUUUGUUGCGAUGGAUUGAAGCGACCAUAGAAGCCCUCGGCGAUCGUAGAUUCGCCAAUUCCUUGGUGGGGGUUCAAUCGCAACUUUCCCAAUUCUCGAAUUAUCGUACAGUCGAGAAGCCACCUAAAUUCGUUGAAAAGGGUAAUCUUGAAGUAUUAUUAUUCACGUUGCAAUCAAAGAUGCGGGCCAAUAAUCAAAAACCAUACACGCCGAAAGAGGGUAAAAUGAUAUCGGAUAUAAAUAAAGCUUGGGAGAGAUUAGAAAAGGCCGAGCACGAACGGGAAUUAGCUUUACGCGAGGAAUUGAUUCGUCAAGAGAAAUUGGAACAAUUGGCGGCGAGAUUUAACCGUAAAGCCAGUAUGAGAGAGACUUGGCUAUCGGAAAAUCAACGAUUGGUCUCUCAAGAUAAUUUCGGUUUCGAUCUUGCUGCUGUCGAAGCGGCUGCUAAGAAGCACGAGGCUAUUGAAACGGACAUCUUUGCUUACGAGGAACGUGUACAAGCUGUUAUGGCGGUAUCACUAGAACUGGAGGCAGAGAAAUAUCAUGACAUCGAACGAAUCAAUGCGCGAAAAGACAACGUCUUGCGUCUUUGGAAUUAUCUCUUGGAGUUGCUACGAGCCAGACGAUCGAGAUUAGAACUAUCAUUGCAACUUCAACAAAACUUCCAAGAGAUGUUGUAUAUUCUCGACAGCAUGGAAGAAAUAAAAUUGCGUUUAUUGACCGACGAUUAUGGAAAGCAUCUGAUGGGCGUCGAAGAUCUUUUACAAAAGCAUUCGCUCGUCGAAGCCGAUAUCAAUGUCUUGGGAGAAAGAGUAAAGGCUGUCGUACAACAGACGCAAAGAUUUUUGGAACACGGAGAUGGAUAUCGACCUUGUGACCCAGCGAUCAUAGUCGAGCGAGUCCAACAACUGGAAGAUGCCUACGCCGAAUUGGUACGCUUGGCUGUAGAACGACGCGCGAGAUUAGAAGAAUCUCGCAAACUUUGGCAGUUCUAUUGGGACAUGGCCGAUGAAGAGAAUUGGAUUAAAGAGAAGGAACAGAUUGUAUCUACUGGGGAUAUCGGCCAUGAUUUAACUACCAUUAAUUUGUUACUAUCCAAACACAAAGCUUUGGAAAAUGAAAUUCAAUCGCACGAACCGCAACUUAUGUCUGUAGCUGCUGUUGGCGAUGAAUUGGUGCGACAGCAACACUUUGGCGCCGAUCGUAUCCGCGAUAGACUUCAAGAAAUCUUGGGAAUGUGGAAUCACCUUUUGGAUCUUGUUGCAUUCAGAAGGAAACGUCUAGAGGAGGCCGUCGAUUAUCAUCAAUUAAUCGCAGACGCGGACGAUAUCGAUAUUUGGAUGUUGGAUACGCUUAGACUCGUAUCGUCGGAAGAUGUUGGUAGAGACGAGGCUAAUGUGCAGUCGUUGUUGAAGAAACACAAGGAUGUAACCGAUGAACUCAAAAACUAUGCUACUACUAUUGAUCAACUUCAUCAGCAAGCAUCUGGCCUUGGAGAACGGGAUGCUAAAUCGCCAGAAGUUGUAGAAAGACUUGCUUCGAUCGACUCCAGAUACAAGGAAUUAUUGGAAUUAGCUAAAUUACGUAAGCAAAGGUUAUUGGAUGCGUUGUCUUUAUACAAAUUGUUCAGCGAAUCCGAUGGUGUUGAGCAAUGGAUCGGAGAGAAGAAUAGGAUGUUGGAUACGAUGGUUCCAGCCAAGGAUAUCGAAGACGUUGAGAUCAUGAAACAUAGGUAUAACGGUUUUGAAAAGGAAAUGAACGCGAAUGCGUCGCGAGUAGCAGUAGUCAAUCAAUUGGCGAGACAGCUACUACACGUUGAACAUCCAAAUUCGGAACAGAUAGUAGCUCGUCAAAAUGAAUUGAAUCAAAAAUGGGCAGAAUUGCGAGAUAAGGCAGAAGGUAAACGCGAAGAACUUAACUCUGCUCACGGAGUACAAACCUUCCACAUUGAAUGCCGCGAAACUGUGUCCUGGAUCGAAGAUAAGAAACGAAUUCUACAACAAACUGAUAGUUUGGAAAUGGAUUUAACGGGCGUUAUGACGUUGCAACGUAGAUUAAGUGGUAUGGAACGCGACUUAGCUGCCAUACAAGCCAAGCUCGAUGCAUUGGAGAAGGAAGCACAGGUGAUCGAACAGGAACAUCCGGAAGAAGCGGCUGUUAUCCGAGAAAGAAUAACACAAAUUCAUUUGAUAUGGGAGCAGUUAACGCAAAUGCUCAAGGAACGCGAUGCCAAACUCGAGGAAGCUGGUGACUUGCACAGGUUCUUACGCGAUCUAGAUCACUUCCAGGCUUGGUUGACUAAGACACAAACCUCCGUUGCCAGCGAAGAUACACCGACAAGUCUGGCCGACGCCGAGAAAUUACUUACUCAACAUCAAAAUAUUAAGGAAGAGAUUGACAAUUAUACCGACGAUUAUCAAAAAAUGAUGGAAUAUGGUGAAAGAUUAACGAGCGAAGCUGGCGACGGUGACACGCAAUACAUGUUUUUGCGAGAAAGAUUGAACGCCCUAAAAAUGGGUUGGGAAGAAUUACACCAGAUGUGGGCCAACAGGCAAAACUUAUUGUCAAAUUCGCUCAACCUCCAAGUAUUCGAUCGCGAUGCCCGACAGGCAGAGGUACUUUUGUCGCAACAGGAACACACUCUUGCAAAGGACGAGACGCCGGCGAACUUCGAGCAAGCCGAGCAUAUGAUUAAACGUCACGAAGCGUUUAUGAACACAAUGGAUGCGAACGACGAGAAGAUUAAUUCCGUAGUGCAAUACGCUGGAAGGCUCGUCGACGAAGGACACUUCGCUUCCGACAAAGUAAAGAAGAAAGCUGAAAACAUAAACGAGCGUAGGCGAGUCAAUCGCGAAAAAGCGAAUCAAUUGAUGGAAAAAUUAAAGGACCAACUUCAAUUACAAAUGUUUUUACAAGACUGCGAGGAAUUGGGUGAAUGGGUGCAAGAGAAACAUAUCACUGCUCAAGACGAAACAUACCGUAGCGCGAAAACGGUGCACAGCAAAUGGACGCGUCAUCAAGCGUUCGAGGCCGAAAUUGCGAGCAACAAAGAUCGUUUGCAACAAUUGCAGAAAGCCGCGGACGAAUUGGUUCAGCAGAAGCCCGAAUUUGUGGAGCUCAUCAAACCGAAAGUAGCCGAGUUAGGUGAUCAAUUCACCGAUCUUGAAACUACCACCCACGACAAGGGUGAACGUCUCUUCGAUGCCAAUCGCGAAGUGCUGAUACAUCAAACGUGCGACGACAUUGAUUCGUGGAUGAACGAGUUGGAAAAACAAAUAGAAAGUACCGAUACCGGCUCGGAUUUGGCAUCUGUGAAUAUUCUGAUGCAAAAGCAACAGAUGAUCGAGACCCAAAUGGCGGUGAAAGCACGACAGGUUACAGAAUUGGACAAACAAGCAGAGCAUCUGCAACGUACCGUACCGGACGAUAAGAUGGAAGAAAUCAAGUGUAAGAAAGAAAAGGUUGCGCAAAGGUUUGCACAAUUGAAGGCACCUUUGAUAGAUCGGCAACGACAUCUCGAGAAAAAGAAGGAAGCCUUCCAAUUUAGGCGAGACGUCGAAGAUGAGAAAUUAUGGAUAGCGGAAAAGAUGCCGCAAGCUACGAGCAACGAAUACGGCAACUCCCUCUUCAACGUACACAUGCUUAAGAAGAAGAAUCAAUCGUUGCGCACGGAGAUCGAUAAUCACGAGCCUCGAAUUAAUUUGGUAUGCAAUAAUGGACAAAAAUUAAUCGACGAAGGUCACGAGGACAGUCCUGAAUUUAAUAGACUCAUCUCGGAAUUAACGGAGAAGUGGAAGGAAUUAAAAGACGCGGUAGAGGACAGAAACAAGCAUUUACUUCAGAAUGAAAAGGCACAACAGUACUUCUUCGAUGCCACCGAAGCAGAAUCUUGGAUGAGCGAACAAGAAUUGUACAUGAUGGUCGAAGAUCGCGGCAAGGACGAAAUCUCGGCUCAAAAUCUUAUGAAGAAACACGAAUCUUUGGAACACGCUGUCGAAGAUUAUGCCGAUACGAUUCGUCAACUCGGCGAAACUGCUAGACAAUUGAUAAACGAUCAACAUCCGUUAGCUGAUCAGAUCGCGGUGAAGCAAUCGCAGGUCGAUAAAUUGUACGCCGGCUUGAAAGACCUUGCCGGUGAACGUCGUGCUAAAUUGGACGAGGCUCUUCAACUGUUCAUGUUAAAUCGAGAAGUCGACGACUUGGAACAGUGGAUCGCGGAAAGAGAAUUGGUAGCCGCUAGUCACGAGUUAGGCCAAGAUUACGAUCACGUUACUCUUUUGUGGGAAAGAUUUAAGGAGUUUGCACGUGAUACGGAAGCAAUUGGCUCGGAAAGAGUUGCUGCGGUUAAUGGUAUUGCCGAUUCGUUGAUAGCAAACGGACAUUCGGAUGCUGCUACGAUAGCCGAAUGGAAAGACGGCUUGAACGAAGGUUGGCAAGAUCUGCUCGAAUUAAUCGAAACUCGUACGCAAAUGUUAGCAGCUAGUCGAGAAUUACACAAAUUCUUCCACGAUUGCAAAGACGUUCUUGGUAGAAUUCUUGAAAAACAAAAUGCCAUGUCCGAUGAGUUGGGUCGCGAUGCUGGAUCCGUGUCUGCGCUUCAACGUAAACAUGCUAACUUUAUGCAAGAUCUGUCAACUUUGCAAAGUCAAGUAUCACAGAUACAAGAAGAAUCAGCGAAAUUAGAGACGAGUUAUGCCGGAGACAAGGCAAGAGAAAUUACAAAUCGAGAAGCCGAGGUGGUCGCUGCAUGGAACAACCUUCAAUCCUUGUGCGAAGGUAGACGAGCGAAAUUAGAAGACACUGGAGAUCUGUUUAGAUUCUUCAACAUGGUUAGGACUUUAAUGAUUUGGAUGGACGAUGUUGUAAGACAAAUGAACACAUCUGAGAAGCCACGAGACGUUGGUGGUGUUGAACUCCUAAUGAAUAAUCAUCAAAGCUUAAAAGCAGAAAUCGAUGCCAGGGAGGACAAUCUCAUGGCAUGCAUCAAUCUUGGUAAAGACUUAUUAGCUAGGAAUCAUUAUGGAAGUGCCCAAAUAAAAGAAAAAUUAGCAGCACUAACGGACCAUAGAAAUGCCCUUUUACAUCGAUGGGAAGAACGUUGGGAGAACCUGCAGCUGAUUUUGGAAGUCUAUCAAUUUGCUCGAGAUGCUGCUGUCGCUGAGGCAUGGUUAAUCGCUCAAGAACCAUAUCUUAUGAGCCAAGAACUUGGCCAUACUAUCGACGAAGUCGAAAACUUAAUUAAAAAGCAUGAAGCAUUUGAAAAAUCAGCGGCUGCACAAGAGGAAAGGUUUAGUGCCUUGCAUCGACUUACUACUUUUGAAUUAAAAGAGUUAAAGAGACGAGAGCAAGAGAAAGAGGAAGAAGAAAGAAGAAAGAAAGAAGAGGCUGCAGCAGCUGAAGCGGCAAGAUUAGCGAAAGCAACUCCUGUUACUAGCCCUGACGAACCACCUAGCGAAAGAACCGAAGCCGAAGGGGUGCAGAGUGGCGAACGCGCAGCAGGAGAAGAUGACUCGCAUGUGACACACCGCAAGGCUUCCACGCGUACACCACAGCCUCAAGAUAAACCUAAGGAAGUGCAUGCUCAGAAAUCUACCCAAUUGCCUUUGGCGGGAGAAACAACGUCACCCGAUACACAAAUUACUACGAAGUCUCGUCCAAGUGGCCUAUCCACUCCAACCACUCCCAAAGGUGGAAGUGGUUCCGAAUCUGGUACUUUAAGGCGUAAGGAACGCAGUCGCAGCAAAUCGCCCUUCAGAAGCUUCCGAUGGAAAAAAUCGACCAAAUCGCCCAGUUUAGAUCGCAGCGGCGUGAGUGAUGAUGAGCACAGCAUUCCUGAGCAACGUAGUCCCAGCGACGACGAAUUCGAAGGAACACUGCAAAGAAAGCAUGAGUGGGAAAGUACAACAAAGAAGGCAACUAAUCGUUCGUGGGAGAAAGUAUACAUAGUUAUACGCGGACAUAACUUGUUUGUAUAUAAAGAUCAAAAGACAUAUAAGGCUUCACCUGAUCAACGGUACAAAGGAGAAGCACCCCUUGACGUGAGAGGCGCGACCAUUACUGUAGCCACCGAUUACACUAAGAAGAAACAUGUCUUCCGAGUAAAGUCGCAAAGCGGGUCCGACUUCUUGUUCCAGGCCAAAGAUGAUGCAGAAGUAAAUGAAUGGAUUUCGGCAUUAAAUCAAGCAGCACAAGGUACAUCUGGUGCGGGUACAUCUAGAGCACAUACUUUGCCUGCUCCAACGCAAGCCGAGACUAAGCGGCGCAGUUUCUUCACUCUCAAGAAAAACUAAACUGGAGCAGUGAAGUCUGGUAUAAGCCGCUCCUAUGCGCCAGCGCAACAACAUGUUUAAAGAAAUGUUUCGUCGCUCUACGUGGUUAAAGCAACGCUAAUAUAAAAUUAGAAGACAUGGCCAUGGUGUUUUCAAAUUAAUUGAAGGACAGAUUUAUCGCGUCACUUAAAAAUGCCUACAAUAUGGAGAACUCAAUAACGUGAUAAGUUAUGUUAAUAUUUAAAAGUAGGCUAUUUAAAGUCUGUAUUUAGUUCUUCAAUGAAUUUUGGACACUGCAAUAUUGCUAGUUAAAAAAGAGUGACAUUAAAUGUCCCAUGUUAGUGUGGUCU